AUGAAAAGUCGCUGGAUGUGGUUAGUGUCCUUAAACCUCGUGGCCCUUGUGAUCGCUCUGACCACUUUGGGAACGCGCACCGCUUGUGCACCGCUCCGUGACCUCCGGGACCUCCGGGACCAGUUGAGAGGUACCGUGCUGAACGUGACGCUGCCAGUGCCGUCCCCGGUGCCCAUGGUGCCCGUGCCAGCGCUGCCGGUGCCCACGGUGCCCGUGCCGGUGCCCACGGUGCCCACGGUGCAACCCGAGGUGGUCACGGUGCAACCCGAGGUGGUCGCGGCAGUCGCGCCCACCUCGGUGGUCACCCAGGUCCCCCCGUUGGACGACUGCGAUGGCCGCGAGGACCGCUUCGUGGUGGAGCCAUGUGCGGAGCUCAUGGCAGAUGCAGCCCAAGCAGCCCAUAGGUUUGAUGAAAUUUAUGCGCGACAAGCCUGGGGCAGUCGGGUUCAGGAACUGGGAACGCACACGAGAAGUGGCCUGGGAAGUGAUAUGAAGGGCGCCUUCGAUUGGAUCACUGGCCUCACCAAGUUCUUCAAUCAGAAUCCCGAGCUGCAGACCAUUGCGGAUAUCCCCAGUGGAGACAUGGGAUGGCAGAUGGCCGUGAGGCACUUGAACACUGCGAAGCUCUACUUUGGCGGUGAUAUCGCCAAGAGCGUGGCGGUGGACAACGCCAAGAGGUAUCGAGCUCAUGAAAACAAGAUUUUGCAGCACUGGGAUCUGUACUCCUGCGGAGUGCCCAAAUGGUCUACCACUUGCAACUCCACGAAGAAUAGCUUCGAUGUGAUCAUGAUCCGGGAUGCUUUGCAGCAUAUUGCCAUCAGCAAGGUGCAGCAGAUUCUGCGCAAGGUGAUCUUGGACUCUGGAGCAAAGUGGUUCAUCACUUCAAGUUAUCCUGCCACUGACACUCUGAGAACCGAUCCAUAUGGCUGCAGUACGAAUGAGAAUCUCUUCUGCAGCAAGGGGGCUAUGCCGGCAGGCGAUGGGGGUUGGUAUCCCAUCGCGUUGGACUGCGCACCCUUUCACCUGCCAAGUCCUGCCUUCAAAACUGCCUCCCAUGGCACCUUUAAAAUUGAAAAUGACUUUUUGUAUAUCUACAAGAUUGACGAUGCAUUGAAGGAGGCGGUGCUUAACAUGAAGCCCUGUCCCAGCUUUGCACCGGCCAAGCCCACGCCAGUCACAGCGGCCACGCCAGAGAUGCUGCGGCCGCAGUUCGCGCGGAGUUUUUCGCGCUUCAGAAAUCCGCAAUGA